GUCCGGGGGCGGGGCGGGCGCCAGCCAUGGACAAUCAGUGCACUGUCCAGGUGAAGUUAGAGCUGGGGCACCGUGCCCAGCUGCGCAAGAAGCCCACCACUGAGGGCUUCACCCAUGACUGGAUGGUCUUCGUACGUGGCCCUGAGCAGUGUGACAUCCAGCACUUCGUGGAGAAGGUCAUCUUCCGACUGCAUGACAGUUUCCCCAAACCCAAGCGUGUAUGCAAGGAGCCCCCCUACAAAGUGGAGGAAUCGGGCUAUGCAGGCUUCAUCAUGCUCAUCGAAGUGUACUUCAAAAACAAGGAGGAACCGAGGAAGGUCUGUUUCACCUACGACUUGUUCCUCAACUUGGAGGGCAACCCUCCUGUCAACCACCUGCGCUGCGAGAAGCUCACCUUCAACAAUCCUACCACAGAGUUUCGCUGCAAGCUGCUCAUGGCUGGCGGGGUGAUGGUAAUGCCCGAAGGAGUGGACACGGUGUCCAGGCCCAGCCCUGACUACCCCAUGUUACCCACAAUUCCACUCUCUGCCUUCUCUGACCCCAAGAAGAACAAACCGUCCCACGGCUCCAAGGACGCCAACAAAGAGAGUGGUAAGGCGUCCAAACCUCACAAGGUGGCCAGGGAGCACCGCGAGCGGCCGCGCAAGGACUCAGAGAGCAGGAGCUGCUCCAAGGAGCCAGAGCGCGAGCCCAAGAGUGCCAAGGAUGGUGUGCGCAAGCUGCCCAAGGAGGAGAAGGCCCCAGCACCCAAGGCUGCCUUCAAGGAACCCAAAAUGGCCCUAAAGGAGACAAAGCUGGAAAGCCUGUCCCCCAAGGGGGCACCUCAGCCCCCUACCCUGCCCAAGGCCUCCAGCAAGCGGCCCGCUGCCACGGACUCACCGAAGCCCAGUGCCAAAAAACCUAAGAAGAGCGGAUCGAAGGGGACACGGCGUGCCCCUGGCACCUCACCCCGCGCUUCCUCCUCCUUCCCUGACAAGAAGGUGCCCAGGGACAAGAGCAGCAGCAAAGGUGACAAGGGGAAGGCAGACAGUGAGGCUCGGGAGGCCAAGCGGACCCAGCAGGCUGAGGACUCAAACUCAGAGGAUGAGGCCUCCUUCCGGUCAGAGUCGGCCCAGUCAAGCCCAGCCAACGCCAGCUCCAGUUCUGACUCCAGCUCCGACUCAGACUUUGAACCAUCUCAGAACCACAGUCAAGGCCCCCUGCGCUCCAUGGUGGAGGAUCUGCAGUCUGAGGAGUCGGAUGAGGAUGACUCGUCGUCAGGAGAGGAGACCACUGUCAAGGCCAAUCCAGGCCGAGAGUCCAGGCUGAGCUUCAGCGACAGUGAAAGUGACAAUAGUGCUGACUCCUGCCUGCCUGGCCGUGAGCCCCCGCACCCUCAGAAGCCACCUCCUCCCAGCAGCAAGGUUUCUGGCCGGAGGAGCCCCGAGCCCUGCAGCAAACCUGAAAAGAUUCUGAAGAAGGCUACCUAUGAUAAGGCUUACACGGACGAGCUGGUGGAGCUGCACCGGAGGCUGAUGGCUCUGCGUGAGCGCAAUGUGCUGCAGCAGAUUGUCAACCUGAUUGAGGAGACUGGUCACUUCAACGUCACCAACACCACCUUCGACUUUGACCUUUUCUCCUUGGACGAGAGCACCGUUCGCAAGCUGCAGAGCUGCCUGGAGGCCGUGGCCACAUGACCCCGGCCACCACUGUGGAGCCACGGUGGGCAUGGGCACGGGAGGGGCUGGGCAUGAGGGCUGGCCCGCCAUGACUCCCGCUCCCGGUACCACCCCCAGCUCACCAUGGUGCCCUGGUACCCUUCAGUGGUUGGUGUUAAAGGGGCUGUGGGCCACACUUCCACAGGAGGGGGUGACACAGGACACAUGUGGCUUACAGCCCCUUGUUUAUUCUGCCAGUUAUCCACUGUGGGUGGGGCUGAGUGGCAGGUUAUUGCCUGGGCCUCUCUGAGUGGCCAGAAUGACCACAGUCUUCCAUGCAGUUCACAGACCUCCCUCUGUGGCCUGCCUCCUAGACUCGAGGGUCUGUCAGCAUGGCCAGGGCUGGCCAUGAACACAUGGCUCUGCCUGGCAGGCCCUGUGCCUGGUGUCCUGCCAUGCAGCCUUGUGUAUUGUGUGUGCUCCAAGUGUGUCCAGCAGCCGGGGAGGCUCAUGUCACCCCCUGCUGGAGGCAUGGAGGAUCUCCCCUCUAGAUCCCAGGAUGCCACUGCCUCUCAUGGCCCCAGGCCAGUGAACACUACGAUGGGCACCAGUCUUGGUCUCCCAAGGGCCACCUCUGUAGCCAUGUGCCAGCCAAGCACCCACAGUUCCAAGGCUGGCCGUGCUGGCAUGCCUGGGCCACCAUUUCCCAUGGGCCACCUCCUCUGUUCUCUCGCUGAUCAAGUCUUUGAACUUUGAAAACGAGCUUUUGCCAAAUAUGAUAGGAUGGUGUGUGCGAGGCGGGCCCAGCCCCAGACUGCCUCUGUCCCCAGCCAGAUGGCCUCUGUCUCCACAGUGGGCCUUGAGAGGCUUUGGACUUAUGCCCUAUAAACUGCCGAGGGCCGGGCCAGCCCCUUUCCCAUGCCUGAGCCUGGAGUACCACCCCAACCCCAAGUCCAAUUGUUGUCAGUGUUCGUGCCCCAAGGUGUUUGAAAGUGGCCAGAGCCCAAGCUGGCUCACAGUUGCCUCUCUGAUGUUGCUUCCUCCCCAAUGUGGGUUCACCCCUGGAGGCCUGGCCUCCCAGCUCCCUCUCCCUGUCAGGAACACCCCAGCCUCUAAGGCUUCCCUUACCCCCAGGAAAAGGAGAGCUCCACCCCCACCCCCAGCCCCUUUCUGACUCCCUCCAGCUGAGGAGGCAGGGCUUGGGUCCACAUCUCUUCCCAGACAGGCCGACAAUACUCUCCACCAGGCGUUGUGUAGCCUCCAAGCCUUUGGUCAGAAGGCCCUGGCAUCGUGGCAGCCGUCGGCAUCCACAGGGAAUGUGCCAGGGUCACAAACAGCCUCAGCCCAGGGUACCGUUCUUCCUCUUGCGGUCACCAGUGGCCCAGCCCUCUUGAUACCCUGGGCCUCAGUGUCCAGCCCUUCCAGAUGCUUCCGGGGCCCUCCUGGAAGCACCCACCCAUCUCAGUUACCUCCUCUGGCCAGAAGGCCACACCACUGUCCUCCAGAGCCACUCUGGGGCCCAUACUGGCUGUCUGGAAGCCUAACGAAGCAGCUUGCACCCAGAGCCCUGAGGGCUCUAGGGACCGGUCCAUAGGAAGGGGUGGCACCAGGACCACCCCCAUCCCGAGUCCCUGUGCUGCAGCCUCCUGAACCAGCUCACCACACUGGGUGCAAAGGUAUUGGAUACCUGUCCCUCCCCAGGGCUUCACAAGACAUGUCUCCAGGAAUAGACAUGUCACCGGCCCAGACGAGCCCUGGACAGAGGGACAAAGAGAGCCGUAUUUGUAAUGAGCUGCAGGGCUGUUUGUCCCGCAUUUUAAACUUUUUGUUAAAUUGUGAAAUUAUGGAGGAGUUUUAUAGAAAAUAAAGUGAGAUGGGAGUAGUGGGCCGCCCACCUUUGAUUCAGUCACACUGGAAAGAGCCACACCGGGAGCCUGGGGGAGGCAGUUGUGCUCUUCCCUUGGGAACAGGUAUUGAGGGCUGGUUACAGACAUAGCUUGGGGUUGCAGAGGGGUC